AGGAGGUGAUGGUCGAUGAUGAUGAAAGAAGAGAAAGAGGAACGUAUUCUCGAACGAAGCACCCAUAUAUUAAAAGAGAAAAGGACGCGAGCAGUAAGGUGGAAACAAUGAGAGAUAGCGCGAUAGAAAAAAAAACGACAAGAACCCUUACAUUUGUUCCUCGGUUAUUCGAAUUACUGAUGCGUAUUUAUAUCCGUCCAUUGUAGUUCGAGUAAAACACGAAGUUUUUACUUCUCGAAAAGACCGAAAUUCCCACAGUUUCGAAGAAUUCGAAAGGUCGUCACAGGUACCGAUGUUUCUUGUCGAUAAAAAGAAUCAUAGCACCCUUGUGUAUGGCGCGCGUGGGAAUUUUCCGUGACGACGCCGAGUAAACGAGUUUUCUUUCGUAAGGCACGAACCGUCGUUAACUCAAUGUGAAGACGAAAGAAAAUAAAGAGCGAGAAGGAAAGAAAAGACAUCAUGAGAAAAGUCAAUUGAGGAUUCGUUGCAGUAAUAAUUUCUACUUUUCCGUGCAAGAAAAGAGGAAAGUAGAAAAAUCAAGUGGUAAUCAAAGAGAACGGCGCCAUCGUCUAGAUGUAGCCGUGGAGAACGCCAAGUUCCCCGAUUCGAUCCUCUCUUGUCUCACGAAGACUACUAAGACGAGGAGAAGGGGACAGCAUAAUGGUGUGAAGGUACGAAGAAGAGUCGAGAAGACAGAAGUGGAAGAAGAAGAGGAAGAAGAAGAAGAGGAAGAAAAAGGGGUGUCUAACAAGACGAUGACGUCUAGACAAAGCAAAGACCCUGUGCAGAAGUGCCAUUCGGACCCGGGUGCCGGAAGUACCCCCGGCACUUCUUAUAGCCCUACUAAGCGAAUUUCUCGCAAACAAGUGCCCGGCAUUCCGAGUUCCGCCAAUACGCGAAAGUGUGUCCUCACUUUGGAUGGCUACAGCUACGUGAUCGUCGCAUCUCCGCCGGAUAGAAGGGUCACGAGAGACGAUAUGGGGGUGGCCUCGCAUGAUACAGCUGCGAACACGGCUACCGGCUGUUCAAGUGGUACAACCCCACCUCGCCCGCACAAUCCUUCCUCCCCUGGUCGAAAUGGUCAGCUAUCGAAGCAAGGCACGCUGACGAUAGUACGACGCAGUUCGGGCAAAAGCAAAAGCGUCGGUGGUGGCAGUUUCGAGAGUUCCCCGCCAUCACAUAAUCCUGACAGGUUUUUGUCGAGUCAGUCCGUGGAUCUCGACGAGAUUCUCGAUAAUGUUGAUCUCACGACAGAUUCACUACCCGCCGUUGACACCCCCGACGCCUGCGACAAAGCUGCUCUCAGACUUCGAUGUCUGUUAAAGCAGCUACAACAUGGCGAAAUAUCCGCCGAAUUGCUCCAACGAAAUUUACAUUAUGCGGCGCGUGUACUUGAAACAGUCUUCAUCGACGAGACAAAGGUGAGUUCAGGCGGGAAUGAGUGCUCUCGGUCAUCACGUAGGGGUGCGGGCCUGACUUCUACAUCCCUGGGGGGCAGCAUGGACCCGGAUGGACCACAGAGCCACGCGGUGGUAACCCAGAAAAGGAAGCUUCGCACCCCUGUGUGGGAAAGAGAUGCCGACCAUACGGAAUCAACUGCUACUUGCCGACAAGGUGUACGCCGUAGACGAUUGGCCGAUGAAGAUGAUGAAUUGUCCGAAGUACAACCGGACGCGGUACCACCCGAAGUUCGAGAAUGGUUGGCGUCGACCUUCACCAGACAACUUGCCACAACAAGGCGGAAGGCGGAUGAGAAACCCAAAUUUCGAUCUGUGGCCCACGCUAUUAGAGCUGGGAUUUUCGUUGAUCGGAUUUAUAGGAGAGUCACCAAUACCGCUCUCAUGCAAUUUCCACCAGAUGUGGUUAAAGUACUUAAGACGUUGGACGACUGGUCUUUCGACGUGUUUUCAUUGAACGAAGCUGCACUCGGAGCUCCUGUUAAAUACAUAGGCUACGACCUACUGAAUCGGUACGGUAUGUUACACAAGUUUAAAGUGCCACCUGCGGUUCUGGAAUGCUUCCUAGGAAGAAUUGAAGAAGGAUAUUGCAGACAUCGAAAUCCAUAUCACAAUAAUCUUCACGCUGCGGACGUAGCUCAAACUAUGCAUUAUAUUUUGUGCCAAACGGGGUUAAUGAAUUGGCUGACCGAUCUAGAAAUAUUCUCGUCACUCGUAGCGGCGAUUAUUCACGACUACGAGCACACUGGGACCACAAACAAUUUCCACGUAAUGUCAGGCAGUGAUACGGCACUUCUCUAUAAUGACCGCGCUGUGUUAGAAAAUCACCAUAUAUCAGCGAGUUUCAGAAUAUUAAGGGAAGACGAAUGUAAUAUUCUUCAAAAUUUGUCGCGAGAAGAAUUUCGAGAAUUUCGUUCACUCGUGAUCGACAUGGUCUUGGCAACCGAUAUGAGCUUUCAUUUUCAACAGUUAAAAAAUAUGAAAAAUCUACUAAGCUUGGCAGAACCGAGCGUCGAUAAGAGCAAAGCCGUCAGUCUAGUGCUCCAUUGCUGCGAUAUUUCUCAUCCUGCGAAAAGAUGGGAUCUCCACCAUAGGUGGACGAUGCAACUGUUGGAAGAAUUUUUCAGGCAAGGCGACAAAGAGAGAGAUCUUGGCUUGCCAUUUUCACCUUUAUGCGAUCGUAAUAAUACUUUGGUAGCGGAAUCUCAAAUUGGUUUUAUAGAAUUUAUUGUUGAGCCGAGUAUGCAAGUUUGCAGCGAUAUGUUGGAGACGGUUCUUGGACCGUUGAACGUUAAAGAAAGUGUAGAUGAGUCAGCUAACGGUUCGACAACAGAGAGUAACAGGUUUAAAAUAGGGAAGCCAUGGAUACAGUGUCUCGUAGAAAACAAACAAAUCUGGAAGGAACAAGCGGUUCGAGAUGCAGAGCUUAGAGCACAAAAAGAAGCGGAACAAAAUUCCAAUGCGGAAAAGGAAGGGGAGAAUGUUCAAACGACGGCGGAAGAAUGAAGUGUCGUCAGAUCGACGAUCGAAACUUACUUCGAAUAUCUAUGCGAUUUUAGGCUACAAGAAACUCGUCUUUAUUUCCGAACUCAUUUUAUUAUCUUAAACUUUUUCCCUCAUAUAUUAUAUUUAAUAAGGAAUUUACUGUGAAUGCGAACGUAGAUAUAAAAUUAUCUAUGGUAUUUACGAUGCGUUUGUUUUGGGACGAUUAUCCGUUAUAUAUUUAGACUCAUUUUCGUGCAACGACUAUCUUCUUAAAUACUUCCACAUCAUAUAUAUAUAUAUAUUAUAUUAUAUUAUAUAUAUAUAUAUAUAUAUAUAUAUAUAUAUAUAUACAUAAUUUCAAGGAAACAUUUUUAUCAAAAAGUAGAUAAAGAAUUCGAUUUUCUUUUUCCGUGGUAGUUCUUCGUCCAAGUAGCCGUCUACUUUCUUUUUCCGUUUUUUUCCUUUUUGUCUUUUUUUUUGUCCAAAAUCUUUCGUACUUUUACUUAGCAUCAUGUUAAAGUCAUAAUACGAUAUAGAGCGUAGCCUAAAACGAAUAGAUGAAAGACAUAUUUUUCAUAAACAAAAAGAGAGGAAAGAAUCGAUUAAGCAUUAUCAAUCUAUUAUCAAUGAGUUUUGCAAACUAUUUCUGCAUUAUGAACGCUAUUUCUAUUCGUAUCUAUCUUUUUUUUAUAUAACUAGUAUGUAAAAAUGCAUAAUGCAUUUUUAACAGAUUCUAAUGUCACGGAUAAUGUCCCACUUUCAACGAAUUCUAUAUAACAGAACUGGCAAAACGCAAUCCAAACGCAUCGAUUAAUAACUUCAUUUCAAGUUGGUACAUAAAUUAGAAAAUAAGCGGAUAGAGGAGAGACGGAUAAUGAGGAAAAAAAAAAUUAAAUCAAAAGAUUAAACUCAUCGAAUUCGAAAUAUCUAUAUGAGUUUUUUUUUGUCUCGACAGUAUAUUAUCGUCUCUUUUUUCUUUCGUAGUAAGCACGAACGAUAUUCAUAUUAAUCGACAUUAUUCAGGAUCCUUGUAAAUAUAUGCCUGACGAGACGCACAUUAACUUAUUUUUAUACUUUCACAUUAUUCCGCGAAAAAAGUUACAAAAAGUCUAGUCGAAUGUACGUACGAAAAGUAUUGAGUAAUUGAACGAAAAGAUAUUUAUGAGAUUGUUCCCAAGAAAUGUUUAUAGAUUUGCUUUUUCGAUUAUCGCACAAGCCGAAUUAUUCCCUUUGAAAAAAUUUUUUCGUUAAAAGGUGGAAAUAGACGCGUAAGAAGGAAAAUCCGUCCCUCGGAAAGCUCGAACGAGAAACGGAUUUAACGGAUUUUACGGAGAAUCUUGCGAAAGGAAAGUACUUGUAUUAUUUUUUUUCUUUUUCUCUCUCUCUCCCUCUCUCUCUCUCUCUCUCUCUCUCUCUCUCUCUCUCUUUCUCUCUCGACGAUCGAACGUUCGGGGCUCUUGCGAUUUUCCGUGCAAAGCCUUCAACGAGUAGAAUCUCGAAAGUAUGAUAAUUAUUGACAUACACAAAUAUAUAUCUCUGUAUAUACUCACGUUAGAUAUGUACACGUAUGUAUAUCUAUUCGUGAACACGUCGAGGUACAGCUUUAAUCGAUGUAUAUUUAAUGUAAAAGAGAAAUUAGUGUCGUUAGUGUUUAUUUAAACGUUUGUGCUAUAUGUAUAUGUCAAAUAUAUGUGUUGGAUUUGCGAACGUGUUCACGACGUUGCAUUAGAGCGCAAGCUUGAUCACUUGUCCGGGAUUCCUUAGAAGAAAAACAAAGUUACGUAGUGUCGUGUUUGUUUGGCAACUGGUAGCAAUGUAAUUAUGCAAUGCGAGCUCACGUAACCGCUAUUAUUUUUUUGCGGUAACGAUCGUCAUAAAAUAAUCUCUGAUUGCGAUCUUUUGCGAGUAUUCACUGUAUAUAGACGUAGACAAUGUUGUUCUAUCGAAUAUUUUUGAGGAAGAGAGGGAGAAAAAGGAGGACCAAGCUACGAACAAACGUAUCUUUUUACGUACCUGUCGUCGUAGUGCACUUACACGCUCAGUACCUAGCAAAUUUAAAAUUAAAAAGUCAAAAGGAAAGAGAAGACUCGAAAGUGAUGUUAGUAGUAAUUUUCAAUAACGUCGAGUGUAUGUGUGUCUUCUGUACGAGUAUAGCACUUCGUAGUUGAAACACGUUAAAAUAUAUCCGUCCUUUAUUUUUGUUGCUAUUUUUCCCCAUUCGAUCGUUAGUUAGUUUCAUUCGACGUUUUUACAAGUAGGAAGGUGCAAAGCACCGUAUCUGUUUGAUGUGAUGUGAUUAAUCAAAAAUACGUCGAAAGAAAAUAAUAUAUUAUCCAAAAAUCGUGUAUAAUUAGCCCUGUAUUCUCUAUAAUUCUACAGAGAAAUAAAAAUACUCGAUUAGUUACCAAUUGGAUUCCCA